AUGUCUAUUCAUCAUAUUCAGCGCAGGAGCCUGUGUAACCUCUGUGUACCUGUCAGUCUGAGCUGGCAUUCUGUGGUCUCAGCUAGGAGCAUUCUAGGCUGCACUCAUCGCUGGACCCAUCUUCCUCAAGUGACAGACCUAGCAAAUCCCUGGAGAAGAUGACCGUGUUCUUCAAAACACUUCGAAAUCACUGGAAGAAAACUACCGCCGGGGUCUGCCUGCUGACAUGGGGAAGCCACUGGCUGUAUGGAAAACACUGCGAUAACCUGCUAAGGAGAGCAGCCUGUCAGGAGGCCCAGGUGUUUGGCAACCAGCUCAUCCCCCCGAAUGCACAAGUGAAGAAGGCCACUGUCUUUCUCAACCCCGCAGCUUGCAAAGGCAAAGCCAGGACUCUCUUUGAAAAAAAUGCUGCCCCGAUUUUACACCUGUCUGGCAUGGAUGUGACUGUUGUGAAGACAGAUUAUGAGGGCCAAGCUAAGAAACUCCUGGAGCUGAUGGAGAACACAGACAUGAUCAUUGUUGCCGGAGGAGACGGAACCCUGCAGGAGGUUAUUACUGGACUUCUUCGAAGAGCAGAUGAGGCUACCUUUAGUAAGAUUCCCAUUGGAUUCAUCCCGUUGGGCCAGACCAGCAGCUUGAGCCCCACCCUCUUUGCUGAAAGUGGAAACAGAGUCCAACACAUCACAGAUGCUACACUUGCCAUUGUGAAAGGAGAGACAGUUCCACUUGAUGUCUUGCAAAUCAAGGGUGACAAGGAGCAGCCUGUGUUCGCCAUGACUGGCCUUCGAUGGGGAUCCUUCAGAGACGCCGGUGUCAAAGUUAGCAAGUACUGGUACCUUGGGCCUCUGAAAACCAAAGCAGCCCACUUCUUCAGCACUCUUAAGGAGUGGCCACAGACUCACCAAGCCUUUAUCACAUACAUGGGUCCUAGUGAGAGACCCCUGAGUGAAGCAGAGGAGGCCCCUCCACGGCCCUCUCUGUACCGGAGAGUUCUGCGAAGGCUUGCGUCCUACUGGGCACCUCCACAGGAUGCCCCACACCAAGAGGUGAGUCCCGAGAACUGGAAGGAGGUGCAGCUGUCCACCAUUGAACUGUCCAUCACGACACGCAACGGGCAGCUUGACCUGGCGAGCAGAGAAGACUUCAUGAACAUCUGCAUCGAACCCGACACUGUUAGCAAGGGAGACUUCAUCACUGUCGGAAGCAGAAAGCUGAGAGACCCCCAGCUGCGUGCAGACGGCACCGAGUGUCUCCAGGCCAGCCAGUGUUCACUGCUGCUCCCUGAGGGAGCGGGGGGCUCCUUCAGCAUUGACAGCGAGGAGUACGAAGCCAUGCCGGUAGAGGUGAAGCUGCUCCCCAGGAAGCUGCAGUUCUUCUGUGACCCCCGGAAAAGAGAGCAGCUGCUGCAGAGCACAUCCGAGUGAGCGACCAGCGGCGAGGUGGGCGCCUGUCCACCGAGGGACCAAAAGGGGGGCAGAGGCCGCGCCCCUUGCCUCACCGCUGUCCCCGGGGACCUUCUCCAGCCCCCCACCCGCCCAGCAGCUCCUCCCCAAUGUGUACCCUGCGCCACCUGCCUCCCUCCCGUCAUCUCCAGGCUUCACCCUCAGCGCACGCUUGGACUUUGCUGGGCCCCUGGGCCCCUCCUGGAAGGUGGCAUUCCUGGAGAGACCCAGGAGGUGCUCACACUCAGAGGACGGAAGGGACCACGGGCCUUGAGAUCCCCCCAUCACACAAGCACAGAGAGGAGCGAGGUCCUCGGCUGCACCCCCACUGUGCCCUGGCCUGCCCUCCUCCCCGGGUUUGGAGGAAGCUCCCACUCUCCCAGCUCCAUUACUAGGCUUUUCCACGGUGCUACUGCAUCACUGGCUCUUACCCUCCUCGCUUUCCAGUUCUGCCCUCCAGCCAAAACCCUGUUGUGUGGCAUUUCCCUCUUCAGCCCACAGUAUUGUCGCGUCCCAGUUUAAGUCUGUGUGUGUGUGUGUUGUGUGUGUACAUGUGUGCUUCUUAAAUGUGGGUCUAAUGAGAACCACCAGGGUGUAUAUUGAAAACUGACUGAUGUGGGGGGCCCAGCCCAAACCUAAGAGCUCAGUCCAAGGAUGGGGCCCAGGAACCUGCAUUUAAAUGCAGGUGUGUCGUCCUGCCCCUGGGGAUUCUCAGCCUCCCCUGGACAAAUAGUGUUGUAAAGCCCGGGGUGGGGUGGGGCACCUGGCCUGCUCAUGUCCUCCCUGAGGGUUUUCUGGGACCCCGUGCGGCCCCUCACAGUUCUAAGUUGGCAUUUCAGAUUCUUUUUUUCACAAGAAGUAUAGUCACCAAACUAUGUACUUUCUGUGUCAUGUAAAUAUUGAUAUUUUAAAAUAAAACUGUUAACACGACUCAUUUAAACAUUCAGUGUAAUUUCAGUACACAGCAAUGUGACACUCAUCCAUUUAUAAAAAUAAAACGGAUAAGCUCUUCA